AAUAAAAAUGAUUUUCAAUUUAAUUUUGAUUGAUCAUUUUUGUUUGAUCAAUUAAUUGGUGUUAAUUGUCAGUGAUUGUUAAUUGAUUUAAUUUGGAUUGUUGAUUAUGCUGUUACAAUGGUUUUGUUGAAUAUAUUGAAGAAAUUAAAACAAAAGGAACGUGAAGUUCGUCUAUUGGUAUUAGGCUUGGAUAAUGCUGGAAAAACAACAAUUGUCAAAAAAUUCAACAAUGAUGAUAUUCAAAGUAUAUCUCCAACUUUGGGAUUCAAUAUUUAUGCUUUGGACCACAAAGGAUUUAAAUUGAAUGUUUGGGAUAUUGGUGGACAAAGUUCUUUACGAGCUUAUUGGCGAAAUUACUUCGAGUCAACUGAUGGAUUAAUUUGGGUUGUUGAUAGUGCUGAUUCUUUGCGUUUAUCGGAUUGUAAGAAGUCACUUCAUGCGUUACUACAAGAGGAAAGGCUACUUGGUUCAACGCUUUUGAUUUUCGCAAACAAACAAGACAUUCCUGGCUCAUUAUCUUCACAACAAAUUGAGCAAAUUCUAGAAUUAGGAUCUCUCAAGAAUCGUCAUUACAAAAUAAUCGGAUGUUCAGGCUAUUCGGGUGAGAAUUUAUUGCAAGGCAUUGAUUGGUUAAUUGACGAUGUUUCAGCCCGAAUAUUCACUUUUUAAUUAUCUCCAUCAUACCAACUAAUCUUCUGAUUAUUCCUUGUUUGUUUAAUCUCACUCAUGAAUCUGAAAAAAUUGAAAAGAAACGCAUCAUUAAUAACGAA